AUGGAGAACCGAGCGGUCCAAGAGAUAUUGGAGAAGCAAUUGCUGACAGUAGCGAAGGCGGUGGAGGAAAAGCUUGACGAGGAGAUCGCAGCCCUAGAUCGAGUGGACGAUGACGAUCUGGAGGCGCUCAGAGAGCGGAGGCUUCAGCAGAUGAAGAAGAUGGCGGAGAAGCGCAGCCGUUGGAUCUCCCUCGGCCAUGGCGAGUACACCGAGAUCCCCUCCGAGAAGGACUUCUUCUCCGCCGUCAAGGCCAGUGACCGCGUCGUCUGCCAUUUUUACCGUGAAAAUUGGCCCUGCAAGGUGGUGGACAAGCACUUGAGUAUAUUAGUGAAGCAACACAUGGAGACACGUUUUGUGAAGAUCAAUGCUGAGAAAAGUCCAUUCUUAGCAGAGAAGCUGAAGAUCGUUGUUCUUCCAACCAUUGCCCUUAUUAAGAAUGCCAAAGUGGAUGAUUAUGUGGUCGGAUUCGAUGAGCUUGGUGGGAAAGACGACUUCAGCACAGAAGAACUGGAGGAGAGGUUGGCUAAAGCCCAAGUCAUCUUCUUUGAGGGUGAAUCGUCUCUAAAGUCUAGUGCAAAAACCAGGAGUGUCCGGCAAAGCAGCAACGCGGACUCGUCGGAUUCAGAGUGA